AAGAAUUAAACUAAAAUACGCCGUGACUCUUUCUCUCUCGGUUUCUCUCUCUAGCUUCUUCUUCUUCUAUGGUGGGAAGAAACCCUAAUUCAAUUCUCUUCCCUCCUUGGCGGGAUAAAUUUCUGAACUCAAUCCACACACUUCGCAAUUCAUGAACCGUUUCAUGGAAUUGGAAAAGCUCUUGAUUUCACGUGGAAACCCUAGAGCUGCAGCAUAUUCAUCCGACCGCCAACUCCCCACCACCAGCGGUAGGGAUAUGCCCAAUGAGUUGUCACAAAAGCCUCCCUCUUCAAUUGCGCACCGGUUUCGAGUUCAGUUAAAGCAGCGGGAUGACGAAUUCAGGGUUUCUGGUCAUGAUUCUGUGCCCCCUCCUUCCACCGAGUUUAUCGUGCAGUUAUACGAGCUUAUGUUGUCGGAGCUCACCUUUAAUUCCAAGCCCAUCAUUACGGAUCUCACUGUUCUUGCGGAUGAGCAGAGAGAACAUGGGAAGGGCAUUGCUGACUUAAUUUGUACGCGUAUUCUCGAGGUACCGGUUGACCAAAAACUUCCUUCAUUGUAUCUAUUGGACAGUAUUGUUAAGAAUGUUGGGCACGGAUACGUUAGUUAUUUCUCGUCUCGUUUACCUGAGGUAUUUUUUGAGGCUUACAGGCAAGUUCAUCCUAAUCAGCACAAUGCGAUGCGUCACCUCUUUGGGACAUGGUCAAAUGUAUUUCCACCAUCCGUCCUUCGGAAGAUUGAAGCUCAACUUUCUCAGCUAACAACACAAGAAUCCUCAGGUUUGACAUCCUCAAGGGCUUCUGGGUCUCCUCGGCCAACUCAUAGCAUUCAUGUCAAUCCAAAAUACUUGCGUCAACUGGAACACUCAGUGGUGGAUAAACAUAUCCAGGAUGCGAGAGGGACCUCAGCUCUAAAAGUUAAUGGUAAAAAGCUUGCUCCUGGAUACGAAGAGUAUGACUAUGACCAUACAGAUGUUCUUGAACAUAGUGGAGCUCAAGCAUUUAAUUCAAUGGGAAGCGUGGGUCACGAUUCUUUUGCUCUUGGAACAAAUAAAGCAAAUAUAAAGAUAGGGAAAUCGUCUUUUUCUUCAAGAAUUGGACACAAUAGACCUCUACAAUCAGUUGGUGAUGAGCUUGAAGCAGUUAGAGCCUCACCAUUGCAGAAUGUAUAUGAAUAUGAAGGUUCUAGAAUGAUGGAUAGAAAUGAGGAUGCAUAUAAAAGGAGGAGAACACAAUAUCCUGAGGAGAAUUUGAAUGGACUUGAAAGUACUUCUUCGUAUGAUAUUAGAAAUGGACGUGACCUUGACGGACCAAGAGCGUUAAUUGAAGCAUAUGGAAGUGAUAAAGGAAAAGGUUAUUUAAAUGACAAUCCACCACAGGUUGAACAUUUUUCUAUUUCUGGUAUGGACAACAAGGUGACUCCAGUUACUUGGCAGAACACUGAAGAAGAAGAGUUUGAUUGGGAAGAUAUGAGUCCCACAUUAGCUGACAGAGGCAGAAGUAAUGAUGCAUUGAAACCAUCUGUCCCACCUUCAAGAUUUAGGACAAGAUUAGGAUUCGACAGAAGAAAUGCUAUGUCUAUGGAGCUUGGAAUGAGAAACAAUUGGUCUAGUCAGGUUCAGCUACCUACUUCUAUUGACUCCUCCAUAGUGAUUGAAGAUGGGGUCCCAUCAACAUCUGAUAUUUGGAAUAUGCACAAUCCCCUUUCUCAGUCAUCCCAGAACCUCAUGAACACUAAAGGAACAGGAAGGAAUUUCCAGAUGCCUGUGUCGAGAAGAGGCAUCGCUUCAUCUGGUGGUGAGAAGAUGUCUCAUUUUGUCGAUAAGCUUCUGACCAAUGGUGCUGUACAUAGGCCCCCUACUAUUGUUUCAAGCUUGGGUUCUUCUGGUUUUGACUCUAGCAUGGAGUCACAAUCAGUUGUACAAUCUAUGGGCCCAAGGCAUCCUGUGAAUGUUCCUGACUCUUGCCCACCUUCUAGGUCUUCAAUAUUUCCCGUACCAAGACACCAUAAGAGUCAGUUUGAGUCUUUAAACGGUAGCAAUUCUGUCAUCAAUCGUGCAAAUAGGUCCUUUUUGCCUGAGCAGCAGAUGAAUAAUUUGAGAAAUAAAGAGCCAAGUCUUGCGACUAAUUUGCCACAAGUUGGUAAUCAACAUACUGGGCAUAUUCCUUUGACUCAGGGAAACCAAUUGCAGGCCACCUCUUUAAAACCUAAAUUUCUACCAUCUCCAGACAUGCAGGAUAAUUUUAGUGCAUCAGCAGUACCUCCAGCGUUACCACAUUUAAUGGCACCAUCCUCGAAUCAGGGAUACAGUUCACAAGGACAUCGCCCUGUUGUUAGUGAUUGUUUGUCAAGUUCUGCCCCUAUUGGGCAAUGGAACUUACCUGUUCAUAAUAGACCCAGCACUUUGCAUUUACAAGGGGGGCCGCUGCCACCUCUACCAACUGGUCCUCAUCCUAUCUCUCAAAAUGCAGGAUCCCUUGUUCCUGGUCAGCAACCAGGAACUGCAUUUUCUGGCCUGAUAAAUUCUCUUAUGGCCCAGGGUUUAAUCUCAUUGAACCAUCAAGCUUCUGUACAGGACUCUGUUGGGUUGGAAUUCAAUCCAGAUCUACUCAAGGUGCGGCAUGAAUAUGCAAUAACUUCUCUGUAUGCUGAUCUUCCUAGACAAUGCAUGACCUGUGGCCUUCGGUUCAAGUCCCAGGAAGAGCAUAGUAAUCAUAUGGAUUGGCAUGUCACUAGAAAUCGUAUGUCGAAAAGUAGGAAGCAAAAGCCUUCUCGUAAGUGGUUUGUAAGUACAACCAUGUGGCUUAGUGGUGCAGAAGCCUUGGGAACUGAGCCAGUUCCAGGAUUUUUGCCUGCUGAGGUCAUCGUAGAGAAAAAGGAUGAUGAAGAACUAGCUGUUCCCGCUGAUGAAGAUCAAAAAACGUGUGCACUAUGUGGAGAAUCUUUUGAUGAUUUUUACAGUGAUGAAACAGAGGAAUGGAUGUAUAGGGGUGCUGUCUACAUGAACGCACCCGAUGGACAAACAGCAGGCAUUGAUAAAUCUCAGUUAGGGCCCAUAGUGCAUGCUAAAUGCAGGACUGAAUCUAGUGCUGCCCCCUCCGAAAAUUUGGACCAAGAUGAACAAGGGGGAGUUAGUGAAGAGGGUAAUCGAAGAAAACGAUUGCGGAGCUAGCCUUGAUGGAUUUCUAUACUCUCGUUGUAGCUUAUACAAGUUUUUCCCCAUGAUCUCUUGUUCUCACAGUAGUGUAGCUAGAAUUACUUGGCUAAUGCUUGAAAAUUGUAUAUUUAAAAUGGAAAAUUUCAUGCGCAAUAUAUUGCAAUCUUAAAGGGGCAACCCCAUCUUCUUUGCUGUGAAAUGUCCUUCAAGAUUUAGAUGAAAAAUCCUUAUUUUAAACAAGGGUCAAUAAUUGUACGUUCCAAAGAACUUUUCCCAUUGAAUGGAUUCAAGAAUCACGAUCAUUAACUUGUGAUUCUUCAUAUA